GAAAUGAAUGGAGUCCUAAAGAACAUGCUUUCAGAGUGGUUCUCAACAGGAUUCCUGAACUUGGAACGGGUCACUUGGCAAUCACCUUGUGAAGUACUCCAGAAAAUUAGUGAUUCUGAAGCUGUGCAUCCUGUUAGAAACUGGGUUGAUAUGAAGCGUCGAGUUGGGUCAUAUAGAAGAUGCUACUUUUUUUCUCACUGUGCAAUCCCAGGAGAACCAUUGAUUGUCUUGCAUGUUGCACUAACCAGUGAUAUCUCCAGCAGCAUCCAGGCCAUAGUGAAAGAAGGGCCACCUUUAGAAACAGAAGAUACAGACAAAAUUACAACAGCAAUUUUCUACUCAAUCAAUUUGACUCAUCAGGGGCUGCAAGGUGUGGAACUUGGGACUUACCUCAUCAAACGGGUUGUGAAAGAGCUGCAGAAAGAGUUUCCUCAGAUAAAAGCUUUUUCUACUCUUUCACCUAUCCCGGGAUUCACAAAAUGGCUUGUUGGUCUCCUCUCCUCGCAAACAAAAGAACUGGCAAGAAAUGAAGUUUUUACAGAAUCAGAACGGCAAGAAAUCUCUGAGAUCACAGGAGAUUCUACUACUGAAACACUAAAGAAAGUCUUAAAUAACAAUGAGUGGGUGAGAUCAGAAAAAUUAGUUCAAGUGCUCCAUUCACCAUUUAUGCGACUCUGUGCCUGGUAUUUGUAUGGAGAGAAACAUCGUGGCUAUGCUCUUAAUCCAGUAGCAAAUUUUCAUCUUCAGAAUGGCUCCGUGAUGUGGCGGAUAAACUGGAUGGCAGACACAAGCCCUCGGGGCAUUGCUGCUUCUUGUGGCAUGAUGGUAAACUACCGGUAUUUCUUAGAGGAAACAGCCAGUAAUAGUGCAGCAUACCUGGGGACUAAACAAAUUAAAGCCUCGGAGCAGGUUCUUUCCUUGGUGUCUCAGUUCCAGCAAAAUAGCAAGCUUUAA